CUCUUUUCUGGUGAAGAUGGAGCUCUGUGAGCAGUGUGUUUGUUUUCUGGUGACCAACGAUGUUCUUGAGAGGACACACUCCCAUCUCACUGGCAAGCAGCACAUUGGUUAUGGUCCGGUUAGGGAUUUCCUUUUCGAAUAUAAGGCUGCAAGAGAGCGGAGAGGUUUGCAAGGUAGGCUUUUUGACUUGGUUGGAGCAACCAAAGGAUAUGCCCCAAGAUCCACGAUCCAGCCCUCAAUCAAAGUUAUGCUGCCCGUCUUCUGUGCUUCUUCUCUCGCCUCCUUAUACAACACACUUGAUGAGCCCGAGUCGGAGGUGUGCCGUGAGCAAGGCGUGCGUCUGGCAGCGCCUGCCCUCUACGCGUCUGGCAGAUUAUUUUCUCUUGCUCAACAAGGUUGUUAAUGAUCACUGAUGAGUAGUACAGUUUUCUCCUCUGGUUAUGACUUUCCUUGAUUUUUAUGCGACACUAUGACCCU